AUGACCAAAAGCCGCCCUGUCUGGAGAUGCGUCGGUCUGGCACUUCUCUUAACCUCGACAAGCGCGCAGAUCACGCUUCCUUCUCAAGACAAUGUGACUGACUACGCGCCGAGCGUAAACGUGCAAUGCCCCGAUUUCUCGACGACCAACCUAGUUCGCGAAUUUACGCCACAAAACCAGACGCUCCAUCCGGCAGAGAUCGAAUUUGUCAACAAGCGUCUGAACACGACUGUGCAGGACGCUUGGUACGCGUGGCUGAACGGAAGCGCACUUGGCUACAACAUCUCGGCUUUCACGUACGGGGCCGGAUGUUUGAGCGCUCUCGAUGCAAGGAACGAAUCUUCGAAAGCUGCUGGAACAGGUGGACUGCUUCAGGCUGCAUCCUACAUCACCGGUCUCUCAGGUGGUUCGUGGGUUACGGGGUCAUUGCUUUUCAACAACUGGCCGACCAUCAAGGACCUCAUCUACGGCAACGACAGCCUGGGUCUAGACGGAUGGAAACUGGACUUGCCCUUCGCCUCGCCGGAUGGGCUCGAUGUCUUUUCUCAGAACAAUCAAUACUUUUAUGGCAGUAUCUUGUGGAGUGUAUUCUCCAAGGCCGCCACUGGAGUCGACACGAGCAUCUCGGAUCCCUGGUCGAGAAUGAUUUCGUAUCACUUCCUCAACCAAACCACGCGGUCGAAUUUCUUCACGAACAAAACUGCGCACGGUGCUGGGCAAUUGUGGUCCGACAUUCCCAAUAUUCCUGCUGUCCAGCAGGGUUUGGCCCCGUUUCCCAUCCUGGUCACGGAUUCGCGUCCUGCGUCGCUGAACACCACCGUCGCACUGACUUUGGACCCCACCGUUUAUGAGAUCUCGCCUUUCGAAUUUGCCUCUUACGACCCAAACCUGUCUGCGGGAAUGAAUCUCACCUACGCAGGGACUCAUCUGACAAACGGCAAGGCAGCUAACGGCUCAGCCUGUGUCACAGGCUUCGAUCAGGCUGGGUUCAUGAUGGGAACCAGCGCCAGUUUAUUCAAUCAAAUAUUCGACUUUGCAAAUAACGAACUGCAAGGCUUUGACUCAGCGGACAGCCACACAUUCAUCUAUCUGCUACAGAGACAACUGCGAUCUGUACGGACCAGACAAGAUGAUGUUGCCAAUUGGCCGAAUCCAUUCAACGGCCUCAAAAGUGCUACGUACGACGAUAGCAGCUCCACUUGGCUGUCUCUCAUUGACGGGGCAUCCAAUGGGGAGAACAUCCCAUACGGUCCCCUGUUUGUCAAGGCACGUGCUCUCGACGUUAUCGUUACUUUGGAGAACAGUGCCGACGACCCGAAUACCUGGCCCAAGUAUGUAUCAUCACUCAAAUGUCUCGUCUUGUCUUAUGAGCCUGGCAGUGGGUCGAGCGUGCUUACAACCAGUCAGCGGCUAUCGACUAUUUUGCGGGCAUCUCAUCAGCAAUUUCCUCCGAUUCCUCAGAGUGCGAAUGAUUUCAUCUCCACGGGAGUCCGCCAGCGUCCGACUUUCUUCGGCUGUGAUCCAAGUCAGACUCCACCAGAAUAUCCCUUGGUCAUUUAUCUGCCCAAUUCCCCUCCGAUUACGGGCGACGACCCAGUUACCAAUUCUGCAACUUUCAAGCUGAGCUAUCCGAGUUUGCACACUCGGCUGUUUCUGGACCAAGUCCAUCUCAAUACAAUAUCGGGUUUUACACCCAAUGCCAACACGCCGGAUCCCAAUUUUGGCCUUUGCCUGCAGUGUGCAAGCAUUGACCGAUCACGGAUGAAGAUUUCUCCCACACCGUCUCGCUCCGAAAUCUGUGCCCAGUGUUUCAAGCAAUACUGUUACGAUCCCCAGAAUCCUCCGAGUGUUAGCGAACUGCCUAAUAGAAAGCUGGUGUUCAAGGACCCCACACCCGAAGGCCUCAGCAAAAUCACCGGCUUCUUAGGGACGAAUAAGCUCAAGCUCGUCGGAGGAGCUGUGGGUCUGUUUGUGUUCAUCGUUGUGUUGUGUGUCAGCCUCAUCUGGUGGAAGAGACGGAAAGACCGAAAAAUCCAGUACAGCCAGGUGUCCAACUUCCACGAAGACGACGGCGACUCUACGCGUCUCUGGCGAAGAUCUCAUCAGCCAUAUUCAGACUAUCACGCCGAGCAAUACGAACUGCCCACCCAAUCAGGCCACAAGAGGCCUGGCAGUCUAUCUACUCUCACGUAGUCGCAUUCUAUGUCUCUCCUGAAUUCCUGCAUCUGGGUCUGUGUGUGUAUCCUAUUUGUGUAAUCUCUAGAGCUCUCCCCAUAAUUGGACUUCAUAUCAGUUCUUACCAUUCACGUGAUGGCGUCGCUCUCUGAA